UCUCUUUACGUACCUAACUCAACUGUGAGAUUGAAACUUUGGCGGGGGAGAGCUAGGGCAGAGCACGGUCCGUCCAGCUGAUCCAAAAUCGGAACGGUUUUUGCUGUUUAGUCCUCGAAAUCUCUCUCGAUUUGCCAUGGAGGUCCCAAUGGAUGAGCUGCCGGCUGUUUUUCUCGAUCCGACCUCACGCGCCACCAGAGGGAAGAGGAUGACUAAGUUACUCGAUGAGGAAAUCGAAGAGGAUGAGAUGUUCUGGAAUCAGGAGGCUCUCAAAGAGGAUGAAGAUGAUGGAAACUAUGAAGCAGAGCCUGAGGUUGCUGAUGAGUUUGAUAGCGAUUUCGACGAAGAUGAGCCAGACCCCGACGAAGGAGCGGAAAACAACGACGCAGAUGAGAGAGUCAGGACGAAGAAGCGGCUGAUAUAUCCGGGAAAGCAAUCGAGCAAGAAAAAGAAGAAGAGAGUUCUGUCGGAACUAAAAUCCAAGGAUGGAACUGAGAAGUCUUCUCAUCCCGAACAACAUCAGGAUGCUCCUGAGGAAGCAGAAGUAGAGAGAACUGUGAGAAAAUCUACGAGAACUUCAGUGGUUGUCCGUCAAGCUGAGAGGGAUGCAAUACGUGCGGCUUUGCAAGCAACCAUGAAGCCAAUUAAGAGAAAAAAGGAAGGCGAGGAGAAGAGGAUGACCCAAGAAGAGAUGCUCUUAGAAGCAGCUCAAACAGAAAUUAUGAACUUGAGAAAUUUGGAGCGUGUUCUAGCAAGGGAGGAAGAAGUUAAGAAAAGAGCAAUUGUACAUAAGGCUGUCUAUACUGGUCCACAAGUACGUUAUUUCUCAAAAGAUGGCCGCUCAUAUCUGGAAUUCAGUAGAGGAUUGUCAUUUCAGUCAGAAAUCUCUACCGCGCCUGUUCCCUACCCUGAGAAAGCUGUCUGUGCUGUUACUGGUUUACCUGCCAAGUACCGUGAUCCAAAGACAGGGCUACCUUAUGCAACAAAAGAAGCUUUUAACAUCCUUCGCCAACGUUUUCUACAGGAAAGUGGUAGGGUCAGAAAAGAGAUGGACCUGGGUGACUUGUACGAUUCACUUUCUGGUAAGGGGUUUGCGGCAAGGCAGAAGAGAUCCGUGGCGUCAAAUAACGUGGAUGUGUCGUACUCUCGAUAUUUUGCACGCUUCCGCAGAAUUCCAGCUCUUGAAAGCGAAUCUUCCGAUUAGGUUCCAUGAUAAUCUGAAGAGUAUCUGUUGAAUCUGAUAUUAUUCUCAUAGGAUACCCUUGCUCAAUGUCUCAUGGUACUCUCGGAAGGCUUUGUUUGCCGUGUGUGAUUUCAUAAAGGGAAGAAAUGUUAUAUGUUUUUGGGCAGAGGCCUAAUCGGUGUGGUACAGAAGAACUAGGAUAUAAAUUACUCGAUGAAAGACGAUAAAAGCUCUAGGGAGAAGUUGCACAAGUAUUUCUCUGCAAUUAUGUUGGCAGUAGGGUUGUAUGGUGCAAGAUUUGAUCGUUCUAGCCGGGUGCCUAUGUCCAACUACUGUUUUGGAAUGAAGAGCCGGUGAGUUGCAACAGACGGAAGCAGUGUUCUAUGUGAUAUAUUGCAGAUGUUGCAUUGCAUUCUACGUCACGUUGAUCAUCUAAAGCUCUAUUUUUUCGGUGUAUUUUGUUGCCGAUGCAGUCAUUUCAUGUUAAUAGUUUGUGUUUUCCAGUUUUGGCCUUCUAUAAAUUUGGUCACUUACACUCGGUU